AUGCCACGGCCACGGCGCGUCGAGCCGCUGCCGCCCUCAUCGACCACGCCGACUUCCUUCUGCUCGACGCCCGCCUCGUCUUCACAGAGACACCGCCGUCCUGAACUGCGUGUCCUCCUCUAUGAUAAGCCGCGCUACCGCGUCCAAGCACACGCUCCACGGCCGCCGCCCACGCCCAUCUCCCUCGUCCCGCCACGCAACGACGACUAUGGCGCUUUUAUUGUCGACAAGGUCGUCACACCGCUCGACUGGGGUGGACCACCGGCGGUUGGUACGGCUGCCGAUUUGCGGAUCCGUCCGGGAGGGGAUGACGACGACGACGACGUCGACGAUGACGAUGGGUACAACACGGACGAGGAAGAGGCCCGGGAGGACGAGCGGUACCGCCAAGACCCACGGCGGCAGCACGUGAAGCGGGUGCUCAACUACGUCGUGGGCUGGCCGGACGAGCCGUAUGCGCGGCAGCUGGUGCCGUGCACGCAGAUCCUCGACUAUGUGUCGCCGCGGGUCGUCGAGGACUGGGAGUAUGCGCUGACGGAGCGGCAGCGGGCGGCGCGCGAAGCACGGCGGGCCGAAAAGGCGGCCAAGAAGAAGGGGACACAGACGACACAGGCGACACAGGGGGCACUCACCAAGACAAAGCACGAGGAAGACGGCGCCACCGGCGGCCUUUCACACAAAAGGAGACCAGGCCGGCCACCACAGACCGCUGCCGCUACAGCAGCAAGGGUGGCAGCCGCAGCGGCGCGGAAAGCCGCAGCCCAGGGCCUGCCAUCGACGCCAGCCAAGAUGGCCAGUUUGCAGAUCCAGCUCGACUCGAUGCCCGCGUCGACACCCAUGGGCGUGGGUGUCUCUAUUGGCGGGCCAUCGCCGAAGCUGUUCUCCUCGCCUGGGUCUGCCGAGAAGCAACACGCCGGGCCGUCACUCAAGCGCCCAUUUCAAAAGUUUGUCGAGCAACAGAAGGCCGACGAAAGCGAAAGCCGGGGCGCGAGUCUGGGCGUGGAUACGGCCACCACCACUACGACGAAUACAAGCGCCAACAGCGACGAAGGAAACGGGGACGAGAACGACGACGACAAUGACGACGAUGAACUCCAGGGUCCGGCCACCAAUCAGCCACAUGCUAUGGUCAUGCUCCCGUCCCUGCGGGAGCCGCCCGUCCUGUACGAACCGUUACCCCAACAACCACUCCCUCGGCCAUCGACGUACAUUCCGCCGCCGGACACGCCACUCUACAACCCACCCAUGAACCGACCCCAAGUCAAAGGACCAUCCACAGCCACGCCCAUCCCACUGCCACCAACAGCCCAAGCACAGCCCUCCCUGAAGCGAAAACGCAACGAGGAGACACCCAUACCACCGCCAACGAUUCCUAUAGCAACCCACCCCGCCAAGGACGCCAUCGCCGUACUGCCUCUACCCGGCCCUGCCCCUGCGCCCAGAGACGAAGACGGCGGAGACGACGACGAGGCAGACGACCUCUACGAAGUCGACCGCCUCGAAGGCGACUGUCUCACUGCCGUCGACGCGGACGGCCAUGCCGUCGUGGACGAGCCCGUGGACUGGGACGACCCCCUGCAUCAGCCGCCGCCCGGCAGCCGCGUUGUGCGUCUCUUCCUCGUCCGCUGGAAGGGCGACUGGCCACCGGACCAGAACCCCUCCUGGGAACCCGCCGAGAACCUGCCGCCGCGCAUGGUGCGCCAGUACCUCAAGCACGCCGCCCAUAAACAGGCCCGCCGGGGCAGCAAGGGCGCCGGCGAACAGCGUGCUGCGCGUCAUUCCAUGGCAUGA